CCUCAAUUCCCUUAUAAGGUUCAGGUGGCCAGUCACGCAGAUGAAUACAACAAAGCCUGAAAGCAAGAAGUAAGAACCAAUAGCAAGAGAGGAUUGCAAGAGAAAGAUCAGAAAGUUGGCGAUAUGGAGUACGCUUGCUGGCUCCGAUUUAUGCUUCUUGCUGUCUGCCUCUUCCCUGCUUUGGUCCAGUGCAGGGUUCGGCAUUACAAAUUUAAUGUGGUGAUGAAAAAUACUACCAGACUAUGCUCUAGGAAGCCGAUUGUUACCGUCAAUGGCCGCUUCCCAGGACCCACUCUGUAUGCCAGAGAAGACGAUACAGUUCUUGUAAAAGUUGUUAACCAUGUCAAAUAUAAUGUUUCUAUUCACUGGCAUGGCAUUAGGCAACUAAGAACGGGCUGGGCUGAUGGACCAGCAUACAUUACACAAUGCCCCAUUCAGCCAGGGCAAAGCUAUGUCUACAAUUUCACAAUCACUGGUCAGAGGGGCACACUUCUUUGGCACGCACAUAUUCUCUGGCUAAGGGCCACAGUUCAUGGUGCCAUGGUUGUCUUGCCUAAACGCGGCAUCCCCUACCCAUUCCCAGGUCCUCAUAAAGAAGUGGUUGUUGUAUUAGCUGAAUGGUGGAAAUCAGAUACUGAAGCUGUGAUCAACGAGGCUCUUAAAUCUGGAUUAGCUCCAAAUGUCUCUGAUGCUCACACAAUUAAUGGCCAUCCAGGAGCUGUCUCAACUUGUUCUUCACAGGGCGGUUUCACAUUGCCAGUCAAAAGUGGCGAGACCUACAUGCUACGGUUGAUCAAUGCAGCACUCAAUGAAGAGCUCUUCUUCAAAAUUGCAGGGCAUAAGCUUACAGUCGUCGAAGUUGAUGCCACCUAUGUUAAACCAUUCAAAACCGAUACAGUCCUAAUUGCCCCAGGCCAGACCACCAAUGUCCUUGUCACAACUAACAAAAAUACAGGCAAGUACUUGGUUGCUGCCUCCCCGUUCAUGGAUUCUCCAAUUGCUGUGGACAACAUGACAGCAACAGCCACUUUGCAGUAUUCAGGAGCACUUGCUAACUCCCCUACAACUCUCACCACCCCACCUCCAAAGAAUGCCACUGCAGUUGCCAACCAAUUUACCAACUCUCUACGCAGCCUUAACUCAAGAAGAUUUCCUGCCAAAGUCCCAUUGAACGUUGAUCACAACCUUUUCUUUACAGUUAGUCUAGGAGUUAACCCAUGUCCAAGUUGCAAAGCUGGUAAUGGCAGCAGGGUUGUUGCUAGUAUUAACAAUGUCACAUUUGUGAUGCCAACCACUGCCCUGCUCCAAGCACAUUUCCUCAACAUCAGCGGUGUGUUCACCACUGAUUUUCCUGCAAAGCCACCGCAUGUUUUCAAUUACACUGGCACUCCACCUACAAAUUUACAGACCAAAAGUGGAACUAAAGUUUAUAGGCUGAGCUACAACUCGACAGUCCAACUUGUUAUGCAAGAUACUGGUAUCAUAUCCCCUGAGAACCAUCCGAUCCAUUUACAUGGAUUCAAUUUCUUUGCUGUCGGUAGGGGAGUAGGGAAUUACAAUCCGAAGACUGAUACUAAGAAAUUUAACCUCGUUGAUCCUGUUGAACGGAACACAAUUGGAGUACCUUCUGGUGGAUGGGUGGCGAUAAGAUUUCGCGCCGAUAAUCCAGGAGUUUGGUUCAUGCAUUGCCAUCUAGAGGUGCACACUACAUGGGGACUUAAGAUGGCGUUCUUGGUAGACAAUGGCAAAGGCCCUAAGGAGUCUCUUCUACCGCCGCCAAGCGAUCUUCCAAAAUGUUGAAACCAUGUGAAGAAAUUCAAUAGCUGAAAGAUAGAAGCAGUAGUGGAUCAGAAAACUUGGUCAGGGGAGAAAGAUUCAAUGUUAAAAAAGAGAAGAGUAUGUAAAAAAAAAAAACAAUUAAAGUUAAAGAUCCUAUUUUUUUUCUUGAGUAAAUUGAAAGAUUUUCUCAAGCGAGUUUGAAUAAAAAAAGAUUCUCGAAUAUAUAUUGAAAAUUCGGUGGCUAAUUAAGCCUGUUCAAUUGUUUGUAUAUCGUUUGAACUGUUUGUUAGAAUUUGAAAGAACCUUCACAUUUUAUUGAA